CCGACAUGAUGCCGAGGACUGCACCAAGCAACGACGCAAGGCAAUCUUGAAGCUCUCAAAGCUCUCAAGGCUGUCGGUUGACACUCUUCCACCACUCCCACCAAACAAUUUCCAGCAGUCGCAAUCAUGUCGACCAUCACGUCAACGGCCCUCCAAACCUCAUAUCCCCCUCUCCUCCCCAAAUCCUUCAAUGGUAAUCAACCCAAAACCAUCUGCCUCUACCCCCUCUCCAACUACACCUUUGGCACCAAAGAAACCCAACCAGAAGAAGACCCCUCGGUCCUCGCACGCCUCCGCCGCCUCGAAGAACACUACCAAAACCAUGGUAUGCGUCGGACCUGUGAGGGCAUCCUAGUAUGUCACGAACACAACCAUCCCCACAUCCUGAUGCUGCAGAUCGCAAAUGCCUUCUUCAAGCUACCCGGUGACUAUCUGAAACCCGAGGACGAGGAGAUCGGCGGCUUCAAGGAGAGAUUGAAUGAGCGGUUGGCACCUGUAGGAAACCAAUUUAGUGGCGAGGGUGUGAAUGAGGAGUGGGAGAUUGGUGAUACGCUUGCGCAGUGGUGGAGACCGAAUUUCGAGACUUUUAUGUAUCCCUUCAUUCCUGCUCAUGUUACGAGACCGAAGGAGUGCAAGAAGUUGUACUUCAUCCAAUUGCCUAGACAAAGUGGGUUUCUCUGUUCCUCACCUCUUGUUAAGAAUUUACUAAUGUUUUUCAGAGGUUCUGUCAGUUCCUAAGAACAUGAAGCUUCUCGCAGUCCCCCUCUUCGAACUCUACGAUAAUACCGCUCGUUAUGGUCCCCAGCUUUCCGCAAUCCCACAUCUGCUAUCGAGAUACAACUUUGAGUUUGUGGAUGAGAGUGGUCAAGUAGUGGCAUGUACACCUGGUGUGGCUCCCGAUGGAUAUGUUCCAAAGACAAUCGUGUUGGCAGGAGGAGACGAGGAGAUGAAGGUUGAUGGAGAGGGAGAGAAUGUCAAGGACGAAAAUGAGGUUUCAUGAAGAGGGCA